AUGAUCCCAAGAACAUUCGAGGCCAAGAACAACACAAAAACCAACGUAGUCAAGCAGGCAACAACCAAGAGCGCCUUGUGGGCGCGGCUCCGCCCACCAAGUCCUGUCGCAUGUUCGAGAUACAGAGCAAAACAUAGUACCAUCGACUGGCAGAACGCCACAGCAAUCCACUGGCUUGCCAUAGUCGGUCCAAGAUGGGCCGGCUUAACGCGCAAGUCCUGCAAGAUGGCUAUUUCACCUGCUACCGUGAAGGACUCGGCUGCAAAUAUAGCCAUCAGAAUAACAGCAGUCUGCGCUGCGUUGGCGGGCACAUCGCCCCAGGACAAGGUGCUUUUUUGGACCAGCCAAUGCGAGACGGAGAACGAGAUUGCGGCAUUUGAGAUGAUUGCUAAGAGGACAGUGGCAGUGGAGGGCCGCGCUGUAGGCGCAUCUGCACCUGCAGGUCGUGAAGUAGGGCUGGGAUUGGCCUUGGUUUCUGUCUCGGUGCCCUGUGCGGGAUCCCGAUCACGAUUUGCAGGCGCUGCCACCGGUGUUUCGCGACUCUGGUAUCGGGACCUCAAGUAA